AUGGCCUUCUCCAAGUCUUCGCUGCUCGCUACGGCCCUCGUGGCCAUGAGCUCGGUUGUCUCGGCCCAGAGCAACUCGGCCUCGUACGACCAGGUCGCCCAAAUCCAGCUCACCUUCCCGGCUGCCGACCUCACCCCCGUGCCCGUCCCCGCCAACUGGCUCGACAUCCAGGGCGUCCUCAACGUCACGUUCGGCGACGUGGCCGUGUCGAACAUCGGCGACAAGCUCACCGUCGCACAGGUGCAGUCCGCCCCCUCAUUCCGCAUCAGCGCCCAGACGCCCGCCGCCUCGUCCAACUCGGUCUUCGGCGAGGGCAAGCUCUUCACCAUCGCCUUCCUCGACGCCGGCGUCGCGGGAAAGAACACCAGCACCGAGGUGUUCAACCACUAUCUCGGCAACAACUUCACCAUCGACGCCUCCUCGGGCGAGCUGCGCAACCAGACCGGCGCGCGCGUCAACUACGGCGCCCCGCGUCCCGACACCAACGACGGCCCGCACCGAUACAUGCAGCUCGUCUUCCAGCAGUUUGAGAACUUCACCGCGCCCGCCUCGCCCGCCGCCGGCGCCUCCAUCUCCAACCUCGAGCUCCAGAACUACUACCGCCAGGCCAACGGCGGUCUCGGCAAGAUCGUCGCCGCCAACUACAUCCAGAUCGAGGUCGGCCAGGCCGCCGCCCCCUCCUCCACCGCCCCCGUCUCUCAGGCCAGCGUCACCGCCCUUGCUGCCAGCAAGAGCGGCGCGGCCGGCGGAAAGGCCACCGGCUCCACCUCGGGCUCCGCUGCCGGCGCCACCAACUCGUCGGGCGGUAACGCCAGCGCGGCCGCCUCGUCGCUCGCUUCGGUCUCGGUCGCCGGCAUCGUCGCCAUGGGCUCGGCUGCUCUCCUUGGCGCUGCCAUGCUCUAA